AUCGACAUGACCUGCGAUGGAGGGGACGAUGGAACUCCUCAAGACGGGGAUGAUGCUUUCUUAUUGUACCGUCUCCUUGGGGUAGAACGUGAUGCUAGUAUUGGUGAGAUUCGUAAAGCCUAUCUGCUUCGUGCUCGCCAGGUCCACCCCGAUAAGAAUCCCGGCGACUCCCGAGCAAAUGAGAGUUUCGUCAAACUGCAAAGAGCGUACACUAUUCUGAGUGAUCCUGAGCAGAAGAAGAGGUAUGAUGAGAGCGAUGGAGAUCUCGCUGUUUUCGAGGACGAAAGCAGCGAAUUCAGAGAAGCGUAUCAAUAUUAUCGCAAAUUGUACCCGGUCUUGACAGCUGAGGACAUCGACUCGUUCGCUGCUCAGUACCGACAUUCGGACGAGGAGAAGGAAGACCUCCGGCGCUUUGUGGAGGAGCAUAAUGGUGAUGUAUCUGAGCUACUGGAGUGGAUCAUUCUAUCUACCCCGGAUGAUGUGGAGAGGUUUGCCGAGUUCAUCCGGUCGUACGUGACUUCGGAGAGGCAGGACCUAUUACCGGUGUUCGAGUCGUCGUUAGUCAAGCUCCGACGUAAUGGGAAGCGCCUAGCUGCUAAGUGUAAGCGAGAGGCGAAGGAGGCGAAGAAGUCAGAAAAGGAGCCCACGUUGGAAGACCUAGCCCUCGCUAUACGCCAAAAGCAACAGAAGCGGCAAGGUGAUUUCCUCGACGAUUUGGAGAAGAAGUACUGCAAGAAAGUUGGUACAAAGAAUUCACUGUCGAAGAAGCUCCCACGGGAUGCUUAGUUACUGCGAGCUGCCAAUACGGAUAGGUUGUUGUUAUUAUCUCAGGCAAUUAUAUGAUGC